AGAGCUCAACUUCUUUCCUGAAAUACAUUUGAGGCAUCAUCACUGUUGAAAUCCUCAUCCAAAUCACGAUAGACAUCUUCCAUCCCAUCUCAAAUACAGUCGGUACCUCAAACUCGAGCGUUGAACUAUUUGACAUCUGAGCCCGUGGCGUCCCAGUGAAUCCUUCCCCCAAGCCAGGGGUCCAAAUUUAUCCAUGUUCCAGCCAAUCGUUCGGGAUUCCAGCGUCACCCCUGCCACAGGUCUUCCCCCGCACGACCACAGCUGGGCCCUGCCGUGCCACCAAAAAAUGCACUUUCCGCAUACAAAAGGCCAACACGCCCUCAGCUCAUUUUCGACCUUUUCUACACGUUCACCACCGUCGCUACCAUCAACGUCAAUAUCCAUCUCCGCCGCGGGCUGCGCACCCACCGACAUGCCCUGCCAAUGCGGCCUAUCCGCUGGCGCCGUGGGUCCCUGCCUCACCAACGCCUGCAACGCAACCGAUCUCCAGCAAGCCCUGACCGUCGGCGUCGCGCUCUGUUCCUCGUACUCCGCCACCCACAGAGUCUCCUCGACCGCUAUGCCCGGAAACAUGACUUCGUCCAGCGUGCUGUCCACCUCUUCGAAGUAUUCCAACACCACGACCGUGACCGCCAAGACGACGAGCUUCACGAGCACGAAGACAACGCGUACGGCUGGAAGCGGUUCCACGCCGAACCCAACGAGCACGGUUAGCAAGGCCGGCGCGCCGGCAUUGGUUGCGGGUAUUGGAGGCGUGGUGGGAAUGUUGGGUUUGGUUGCUGCUUUGUAGGAUCCACUCGGACCAAUAAAAGUCAUAAGGGGAGGGGACGAAGUGGAGGAGCUGCACGGAAUGGAAGUGGAUGGAUGAACUACCUUUCAGUCUGAUAUGAUGGCAUUAGGAUCCGAAUUUGGUGUGAAGGAAAGCUGGAUUAUGUUCUGGCUGGGAUAAUGAUUGGCAAGAAUGCAUGGAGAGUAGGCCGAAGUUCAAGCAAUUGAGGUUUUUGGUGAAGCUGUUUUGGGAUUUAUUGAGUCGUUACCAAGGUAAUUGUAAAGGUGUAGGGAGGUCC